GAUUUAUGUGUUAUCAAAUAUGGGCGAACUUUUAUUGAUUUAAGGUAGGAUAUGUGAAUUGUAGGUGGCUGUUUGUUGGAGAUCUUGUUCGACAAUAUUAUCGAAGAGUUAAAGUAAAUUAAUUUAGUGUGAACCGGUGUGAGUGAAUAAAGUAUUUUUAAAAAAAUGAGAAAAUUAGAUUAUCAGGAAACAUGGAGAGCUGAAGGAUUAGAAGCUCAAUUAGAAGCAGCUCGCGAUGAUCUUCGUGGUCUUGAUCGUAGCAUUCGUAAAAUCUUGGGCCGAGAUCUUCCUGACGGCGAAAAUGGUCCACUACAACCACCUAGGUUAUAUCUAUUUAGAUUCAGAAUAUCCCAAAAACGACCAUUACAAGAAGAUCGUCGACGGAUUGUAACAGAGCUUCUGAAUAAUGAAUUACCUGGAGGAAAACGACGUUGGCAAAGUUCCAAUGCUGAACCAAAAACAGUGUUUAGUCGAUUAAGUGCACGAGUUCCAUCUAAUGCAGAUGAUAGUGCUGAUGAAGAUGAUAGUAUUAUCAAGCCUGCUGUGUCGUCUAGAGUAAUAGCUACUCCUCGAGAAAUUCCCUCGCGUCAAGAAGUUAUCAGACGAGAAAGGACAGAUGAGCGUAGUCGACAAAGAAAUAAACGAAUGUUUGGUGCACUUUUGGGUACUUUACAAAAGUUUAGGCAAGAAGAAACUAAACUUAAAGCAAAAGAAGACAAAAAGGCAGAAGUAGAAGCCAGAGUAGAAGAAGCUAAGAGAAGAGAAAAAGAAGAGUUACGAAGAGAAAGACAACAGUUAUUUUUAUCACGAAAACGACAAUUAGCAGAAGUACGAGCGUUAGAAGCAAAACUUGCACGAAGUCGACAGUUUCAAGACUGGCGCAAUGCACAAUCAUUUCUUGCCUCGUUUAUAAAAACACGCGCACAACCUUCCAUUUAUUAUAUACCGAAACGCAAGCAUCCACAGACAGAUUUGCUAUUAGCACAAUCCACAAAAGAACUUCAUGAGGAAAUUGAUAAAAGAGAAAAGGCAUUGAUUGAAGAACUAAAUUUAAUAGAGGUUCAAGUAGGAUUAGGCAAACAUUCACAAAAUUUCGAUGGAUCUGCAUCUUUAAACACUAUAGUACCUCCGCGCUCGUUAGAAGAUGGUGAAGAAAAUCGAGAUCCUAAUCCGGAACAUAGUAUUGAAGCUACGAUCGAUAAUAAUGCCGCUGUUUCAACUAUACAAUCUAUAAUAAGCGAAAAUUUUGAUGAAGAUCAUGAUAUAGAGAAAAAAGAUGAAGUACAACUCGACCAAGUUCAACAAGAUGAAAACAAUGGCUAAUAUCUAUUAUAAUAAAAAGAGUUGUACAUAUACUGUGCACAUUGGAUGGUCCAAUAUAAAGUAAUAAUUUUCGUAGUGAAUUCUUCGAAAAUAUUGUUUUGAUUAAUAAUAAAAAGUAGCAUUCAAAGAUAAAAAAAACGUA